AUGGCUUACCUGGUGACCCUUCUUGAGGCUCUGCAGGCUCCGCCUGAGAAGGUGUAUGCUUUCACCGAAUUUCCGCUCAUCCCUACACUGGUUCCGGUGGGCGCGUCUCAGGACGAUCGUGAACAGGUGUCGCGCGAGUGGCACAUGCCUGUGUGCUUUUGUUACAACGCGACCGGAAGUAUCCGCAAGCCACCGCUCGUGGUUCUUCGACGGGACGACAAGAGGCUCUUACACGAGGGUCGCAAGCGGCGCCAUGAUGUCCAAGUCCGCUACGCUAAGAAUGGCCGUUUCUCUAGCGAGUUGUUCACGCAGUACAUUGACGAUCUCAACGCUGAUCUGCACGCGAAGAACGAGAAGGCGGUGGUGCUCGUACACAACCCGGCGCACACGCUGACCGGUUGUGUGAAGCAGACUAGCAACGUGGCGGGGUUUAUUGUGGAGGAGUUUACCCGCGUGCGAGUUGUGCAGACGGCUGGUGUGGUGCCCGCGUGUGCGUUCACAGCCUUCAAUGGAGUGGUGGACGCGCUCAAAGCGGUGUUCCGAACGUGGUUCAUGCGCGACGCGGUUCGCAACACCGAGUGGGUCCGAGACGGUGUGUUUCCACGACCUCCGCUGCCCGAUGUCCUGUACAAGCUGUUCAUGGCGGCCAAGUUGACGAUGCCGGGCACAAUCCAGAGGAGCUGGUGGAGAGCCGGGUGCGUUCCGAAGGGCUGGCUGGCGCGUAUGGACUGCUUGAAAGGGAGAGGUGCGGCCAGCAUGUUCGAAUGUCUGGUCUUGGAUCUGACGCAGUUGCAGCUCCUCAUCGAGGAGUUCAAGAGCAAGUGCAGCAGCAGGGCGUUCAUGACGGCGUGGGAUUUCGUGGAGUGUGACGAAGACCUCCUCGAGAAGUGGAAGCCGGCGGGUGCCGGGGACACCGGGGAUGAGGAGGAGAUUCCGGCCUACUUUUGCAUCCCUGAGGGGCCUCUAAUGCGGGACAGUCGCAGCUGUCGCCGUGUUGGGCGCAUGGUGCAUGGAGGCUUCGUGAAGGAGGCGGAGAGGCUGGGAAUACAUCCGCGAGAUGUUCCAGAGGAGGUCGGUGUGGUGAAUGAGGAGGUGGUGAGCCGCCUCCGCCGCACGCAUACUAAGCGCAAUUGGGGCGGUAGUACAAGCUCCGAAGGGGUUACUUCUGACGGUUCGGCGGAGGAUGCACCCGUUCAGAAGGCAACCGUGUUGUUCCCUGUGGAGGAUGACAAAGAGAGUGUUGUCCGCGUGGUGUAG